AUGUCAUCUUCAAACGCUUCCCCUUCAACCUCACAAAACCGCAGCAACAACCUCUACUCCCUAGCAUCCCGCGUACCGCUCAUCAAAUCACCCUCGGUCUCCAUCCCAACGCCGGUCCAGCUUCCUCCCGAUCUGCACCCACUCCCAGCAGACAUCUCGGCAUACUUCGUCUACCCCUUCAGUCUCGAAUCCUACGUUCUUGAUCCGAACACGCCUUCGUCCUCGACAAUAGAUCAUUUGCUAGAGAAGCACAAGCAAUACUUGGAGGGGAGGGAAAGGGAGAAGAGGGAAAGAGAGGAGGAGAGGUUGAGGAAGAUGGCUCCUGGUUGGACUGGGGUUGGGGGUGUCUUGAUGCCGACUAGUACGGGUGGGGUUAAGGAUGCGACCGCGGCAGGAAAGGGUGGGAAGAGUGGGUCAUUGGUAGGAGAGGAGGCGGAGAAGCAGAAGAAGAGCGAGCAGAAGGGGGAGGAGAGGACACCAUUGGAUGAUCUGGCAGAUCACUUGGCUCAGUUGGAUGCUUUGGAUGCUACUCGUCGUGCUCCUACUUCAUGA